AGAGAACUGUGCGAUAGACAAGCCACACGUAGCCUGAAUUUCUAAUCAAGCUCAUAUUCGUCAUUGCCCCUCUUUGGACCCCACUUGAACAUUACCAAUUGUAGAACUAUAAAGUCUCAGUAUUUGGAGCACCAUUAUUCUCAAACAAUCUAUCCCCAAGGACUAUUACCAAUAGCACAAUCAUGUCCUCUCCAAAUUCGAACAUCACCCUCUUUACUACCCAGACGCCGAAUGGCAUCAAGAUCUCAAUCGCCCUCGAAGAGCUAGGGCUCCCCUACAAAACCGAAAAGAUUGACAUCUCCAAAGACACCCAAAAGGAAGACUGGUUCCUAGCCAUCAACCCCAAUGGCCGUAUUCCCGCACUCACCGAUACCUUCUCCGACGGGAAACCCAUCAACCUCUUCGAGUCAGGAAGCAUCCUGCAAUAUCUGGUAGAGCGCUACGACCCUGAGUACAAGAUCUCGUUUCCUACGGGCACGAGAGAGUGGUAUGAGACGAACAAUUGGCUGUUCUUCCAGAAUGCUGGUGUGGGUCCUAUGCAGGGACAAGCUAAUCACUUCACCCGCUAUGCUCCGGAGCAUAUCGAAUACGGCGUCAACCGAUAUCAGAACGAGACACGCCGCCUCUACUCAGUCCUCGACAAGCAUCUCGCUUCGGACAACAGGCCUUACUUGGUGGGCGAGAAAUGCACUAUCGCUGAUAUCUCUCACUACGGGUGGGUAGCAUCCGCUGGCUGGGCAGGUAUCGACAUUGACAAGUAUCCUGCCCUCAGAGCGUGGGAAGAGCGCAUGACGAGGCGCCCUGGCGUCGAAAAGGGUCGCCAUGUGCCUGACCCUCAUACGAUCAAGGAGCUUCUGAAGGACAAGGAGCAGAUGGAGAAGCAUGCAGCUGAAAGUCGCAAGUGGGUGCAAGCAGGGAUGAAACAGGAUGCUGAGAAGGCUAGAAAGUAAGGUCUGUGAUCAUUCGAGCGGUGUAGAGGUGGGGAUUGGACAAGAUCUGGGCCCUGGGCGGUAUAGUCCGUACAGGUUAUGAAGACUGGGUUCUUUCAAACCUAAAAUUGUGGAGGCGGCCAUGUCAAACGAGUUGAUGUCCCAAUGUCCAGGCUUGGGGAGGUAUGGGGGAGGUAUGGGGUCACUAUCAUGUCACUGGACAAGCAUUACCCUGACAGGAAUUGGAUGAAUCCGUCUUUCACUAUGUAUCAUGCUGUUAUUGAGGUCUGUGAUGAACGCUGACG